AACAUUUCAGUUUUUGGUGAAAAUCAUGUCAUGUCAUAUGUCAUAACCGCCAAUGAGAAAGUGUACUCUGCACGGUGCUUUGUCGGUUGUCUUAUUAAUUCAAUGAAUUUUGCGAAAUAAGUAAUUAAUAAUUUACCUACAAACAAGUGUAUACAUAACAAUCUGACUAUGUUUCGUCUAUCCCGAGUUUUCUGCAAUGGAUCUAAUCUGACCAAUUACCUGAAGAAUUCCAGCCGAACAUUGUACACUUUAAAUUCGCUUGGACUCAAUAGUUACAUUGAAAAAAGGGAAAAAGUGAAACAAUUCUUUGUGAGAGAUGGUGACUCAUUUCGCGAGAAAAUGAAAGAGUUUGUGGCCAAUGAUGGAACAUCAAUGAUUUUUACUGAGGACCUUAAGAAUAUGUGUCAUUUGACUGGUCCCAAUGAAGAGGACGUACAGUUACUAGAAGGAAUGGUGCGAAAGUUUCACCAGCAAAACAAAGAGACUCGGUUUGGUAAUUUCAUCUUUGGACCAGUUAUUAUGAGAUGCUUACAUCACAUCAAUAAACCUGACGUAGCAUUAAAGUGGUUCAAAGAUCCGGAACUCGAUGGUUUCUUCGAUCAGCUGGUCACCUAUCAAAUUCUUUGCGACAUGUUGUAUGAACACGGCCGUUAUCAGGACGUUAUUGACGUCUAUGAAGCUAUACGAUCAAAACAAAUCCAAGGCGGAACGAAUCCAAGAUACGUUGUGACGUUGGUCUUUGCAGCUUGUUACAAAGAGAACACUCCCGAAUCAUUCAAAUACGCUUCGAACCUAUUCAUGGAAUUGAGCAACAUUGGCCACAUCCCAAUACGACGAGCUAUUACAUUUGCCGCUGCGUUGGCCUUAAAACAAAACGCUCCCCAUGUUGCGUUGGAAAUUAUCGGAACGGUUCGCCAACAAAACUAUGUUACGGUACGAAACAUUAAAGCAGAAGCAUUUUCAAAUCUUGGUCGAGCGGACGAUGCGGUGGCAAUUUUAAGGGGAGUGUUGCAACUUCAGGAUACACCGAACAGACAUUCGUUUACAAAAGAUGCGAUUAAUACUGUGAAAGAAGCUGUCAACAAAACUGCUGACAAUGAAUUGAUCCAGAACUUUGAUAGACUUGAAAAAUAUCUAAUCGAAAAUGGUCAAGUAGACGACAAGACAUUAGAAGAUAUCAUAACAGCUGAAAUCGAAACAAAGUCGACUGAAAACAGUUGGGAUAAGAAUUCUUUGGCUGCAAGCUAUAACAACAAUAACCGGGACAAUAGACGGGAUAACAGAAGUCAGAUUUAUAGAUUUCAGAGGGCUGAAUACGGUGGAAGAGGUGCCAGAACUGGUUUAACAGAUAUGGAUUGAUUGUACAAUUAGUUUCUAUUGAUUAGAAGUAAAAACUUACGGAAAAUUAA